CCCCUGGCAGCUUUGUUCUCGGGCGAGGUGCCUUUCCCCAGGGCUAACGAAACGCGCACAGCGGCGGCUCUGAUGCUGAAGCCCCGGCGUUAGUGCCCGGUUGGGGGCGAAGCUCCGCCGCUUUUCCCGGGGCUUUCCCAUUCCUUCCCCGAUCCAGCAUGUUACGGGCCGCGGCAAGACAACGGGCACCCAAAGCUAGUCCCGGAUUGAGCAAAGAAAGACACCCUAAUGACUAAAUCUCAGGCGCACUAUGGAUUUGACUAAAAUGGGUCUGAUACAGCUCCAGAACCCCAGCCACCCCACGGGGCUCCUGCACAAAGCCAACCAAAUGCGCCUUGCAGGGACUCUGUGUGAUGUGGUCAUCAUGGUGGACAAUCAGGAGUUCCAUGCUCACAGGACAGUGUUGGCUUGCACUAGUAAAAUGUUUGAAAUCCUGUUCCACCGCAACAGUCAGCAUUAUACCCUGGACUUUCUUUCACCAAAGACUUUUCAGCAGAUACUGGAAUAUGCUUACACGGCCACCCUCCAGGCUAAAGUUGAAGACUUGGAUGAUCUUCUUUACGCAGCCGAGAUCCUAGAAAUAGAAUAUCUGGAAGAACAGUGUCUGAAGAUCUUGGAGACCAUUCAGGCUUCUGAUGAGAAUGAUACAGAAGUCAACAUGACGGAUGGUGGCACUGAAGAGGAGGAGGAUAGGAAAUCUAGGUACAUCAAAAACCUAUUUAUCUCCAAGCAUUCCGGUGAAGAGAGCAGUUAUGCCAGCAUGGCCAGUCAGAGUUUAACGGGGGCAAUGGUGGAGCAGAGCCCAUCUGUCUCCACUUCAUUUGGACUCUCCGCGAUGAGCCCCACAAAGGCUGCUGUGGAUAGUUUGAUGACCAUUGGGCAGUCAUUAUUGCAAGGAGCUCUGCAGCAGAACGCCUCCGAGGACUUGCACUCCACGAGCAGCCAUCACCACAGCCUCUCUGAAGUGAAAACAGAGGUGAUGCAAGUGGAGGAGGCUUCUAGCCAUGAAAGCCCAAGGACGGCCGAGUCCAGCACUUCUGGAGGGGACAAGUCUGAUGACAAAAGCAAGGAAGGCCCCGGUACUCCCACGCGUAGCAGUGUUAUCACAAGUGCCCGUGAACUUCAUUAUGCCCGGGAUGAGAAUGCAGAGCAGCCCCUCGAGUUGGGCCAAGGAGUGCCAGUCGGGCCGGAGCACUCGAUUUCUCAAAGUGAGAAACACCUGAGUAUAUAUUCAGUGCUACCAAAUCACAAAACUGACUCGAUGCUCAGCAUGCCAUCCUCCAUGACGCCGGCUCUUCACAUGCAGCCAGCUCUUGCCGUGUCUAUGGACUUCAGCGCUUAUGGGGGGCUUCUGCCUCAAGGCUUUAUUCAAAGGGAGCUGUUCAGUAAGCUGGGUGAAUUGGCAGCUGGCAUGAAAACUGAAAACCGAGCCAUUAGUGAACAGUGCAGUGUUUGUGGAGCAGAACUGCCGGACAACGAGACGGUGGAACAACACAGGAAGCUGCACAGUGGUAUGAAGACUUAUGGAUGUGAGUUGUGUGGGAAACGAUUCUUGGAUAGCUUGCGGCUCCGAAUGCACUUACUGGCUCACUCAGCGGGUGCCAAAGCGUUUGUCUGUGAUCAAUGUGGUGCACAGUUCUCUAAAGAAGAUGCCCUGGAGGCGCACAGACAGACACACACCGGUACUGACAUGGCCGUCUUCUGCCUGCUGUGCGGGAAGCGGUUCCAGACGCAGACUGCCCUGCAGCAGCACAUGGAAGUGCACGCGGGAGUGCGUAGCUACAUCUGCAGCGAGUGCAACCGCACCUUCCCCAGCCAUACCGCCCUCAAGCGGCACCUACGCUCACAUACAGGUGACCACCCCUACGAGUGUGAAUUCUGUGGCAGCUGCUUCCGGGAUGAGAGCACGUUGAAAGGCCACAAGCGCAUCCACACUGGAGAGAAACCGUAUGAGUGCAACGGCUGCGGCAAGAAAUUCAGCCUCAAGCACCAGCUGGAGACCCACUACAGGGUGCACACAGGUGAAAAGCCUUUUGAAUGCAAGCUGUGUCACCAGAGGUCCCGAGAUUACUCUGCCAUGAUCAAACAUCUCAGGACCCACAAUGGCGCUUCCCCCUACCAGUGCACUAUCUGCCUGGAGUACUGCCCCAGCCUGUCUGCCAUGCAGAAACACAUGAAGGGCCACAAACCAGAGGAGAUCCCCACUGACUGGAGGAUAGAGAAGACCUAUCUCUACCUUUGCUAUGUUUAAGGGACAUGGAGGGGGAAGAUUUAAGUCAUGAAGGACUGGGCAAAAAAAUGCAUCAUCCAUGGCCUUUUAUUCUGUUGUUGUUUACUAAAGGGAUUCUCCGUUUUUGUCUCUGGCUCGUGAGGUGUUUGUGUGGGGUAGGGGGAAUAAUUCCCUUUUUAAUUUUUGGGUUCUCUGUGCAGUCGAUGAGAAAAUGCAUCAGUAUCGAGGCAUAGCCAAAUAUCUGCUCAUGUUUUGUGACUACGCAUGCCAAGGGCUUUGGAAAGAGCAGGUGAAUGUGUGGAGGGGAGGAAUGGGGCAGUCCAGCGCACGCUUUGGGGUCUGAGAUUUUUGGGAGGUUUUCCUUUCCUGGUUUGAAUUUUUCAUCCCGUUUUUGCCACAUUGGUUUAAUUGACUCAGGCCUCGUCUACACUUAAAAAUGAGGGCAGCCCAGCUACACUGCUUAGGGCUGUGAAAAAUUUUGCACCCUGAACGCUCUAGUUAGGGUGACCUAGCCCCUGGUGUGGAUGUGGCUAGGCUGACAGAAUUCUUCCAUCGACCCGCCUGUCGGAGAGAUGGAUUAACUACGGCAACAGGAAAAACCUCUUCUGUUGUUUUAGCAGCUGUAGUGUAGACAUGCCCUCAGUCACCCAGCUUUAUUCAGCUGCUUCUCGUGCAGCCUCACCAGUAGGUGGCAGUGUAAUGCCUAUCGUUAAAAUCCCCCUCAGAGGAUUCCCCCCCCAAUUAGAUUGAAUGUCCCUGUUUUGGGGGUACCCAGAAAUACCAGGGCAGAUGAUGCUCAGCAUGACGGGCUGGACGCUUUGGAAGUUCGUUAGCUGUGCGAAUGAUGUGGUGGGUCACAUUGCAGUCAAGAUUUCCCCAAGUCACGAGUGAUUUUUGGGAGCCUUGGUUUUUUGCCUGCCCGACUUGAGACACCCUGAAUUUCAGAACAUGCUGAUCACCCUUGUUGGUGCCUGCAGCCGGAAUCACUAGUCAGUCUGGCGCAGCUUGGCGUAAGUUAGGGCACAACUGGAAUUUUCCUCAGGAAGGGGGCCAGGGAGAUGACCCCUUCAGAGCAGGGCACUGGUCCCAGGUGGAGAAGAUGGUGAGCUGUAGGUGCCCAUGGGCACAGCAUGGCUCAGCUUGGUGCGUGGCUCUCAGAGAGCAGAGCCAGCAGCAGGCAAGUUUGUGGGGCUGUAGCCAGGGGAGGAAGCAGUAGGAUAUGCCACGCCUGGGCACCCAGUGCCAGGGCAGGGUGCAUCCCAGGCAGUAGCGGGGGGGGGAAGGUACCCUGCAGCCCCGUGGGCCUCCAGUGCCACCAUUCUCCGUGAAAAGCCCUAGCAUCAAGGCUGCAGCCCCCCCAGCUCGGGAAGUGCCGGGCCUCUCCUCCCAGCCAUCAGCACCAGGACUCUGGCCGGGGCUCCCCCGUUGGGUGCCCCAUCCAUUACUUCCUGGGUGGGUGGCAAGUCCCUGGCCUCAGAGCCACCCUGAGCUGCUAUCUGGAGCAUCGGCGCCGUUGCUGGGUCUCUGCUCAGAUCCAGCCAAGGGAAGGCUGUCCCCCUGGCCCAUGUUGUACCCACUUGGGCAUAAGUAAAAUAAACCUGAACUUCGCUACAGUUUUGUUUCGGUGUUUUUUUUUUUUUUGUCCCCUCUGUCCCUGGGCUGCUGUGUUUCAGAUGGCAGAUAGUUUCCUGAAAACAUUUUCAGUUUAUUAAUAAAAUCUGAAAACAAAAAACUGUUUUGGAGAAAAUGAAUUUGAAUAAAAAUUCAAUUUGAAGGAAACUAUUAAAAUAAAUUUGACGAUGGAAACUAAGUGAGCUUCAGAUUGUUUGCAUGCCUGUUAGUGCAGGGUGUCAGGAGCAUGCUGGUGAGUUAGACUAGGAUAAUAAUUAUCCUGCUACAUAGGACAGGUAGGGUGACUUCUCAACCUAGUAUGGAGGAUGCCUUCAGAGUGCCCCCCUCAAUCACACUCCUCAAUUAGUAAAGUUCUUGUUACAUUACCACUUGGAAUGAUCAGAAACUGACAGCUGCUGAUCCUCUCAUUCAUGCAAGGAAAGUUGCCCUGGAUGUUUUGAUCAAUGUCACUACUCUUAUGGCCAAGUCGGUUGGUGCUGGUGGUUGUCCCGCUAUAAUAAAAGCUACUUGGAUAUUUUGGGCUGAAGCCAGUUUGUUCAAGAGCUUAGAACUUGGCUGCAAAAAUUGCCUCUAGGAUACAACCCUCUCUCCUGACCAAAGACCUUUCUAUGCAUUUUUUUAUUUUUAUUUUUUUUUGAGGGGAGGGAAUUAGAAUCAGAUUGAAAGGGCAAAAACUUCCAGCCUGUUUGUCAAAUCCCAGUGGUUGGACAAGUGUGUCUUCAGAUGAGGGAGUCACAGUUCAAGAUGCUCUUAAACUGCCCCCUGGUGCCUGGGUAUUGCCAGGGGUCUGAAGGAAUGAUGGGUGAGCUCAUAUUCCCGCCACUUGCAAACACAUGCAAUAUAUCCCCAUGGCUUGCAAUGCGUCACAGUGACUCAGGAUGGUUAAAUGCUAACCUGUCAGUUUGACCUAAAUUUGUCAGAAAUUUGAGGAGAGGGGAGUAAUUCACAAGUUCAGGUGAUGGAUUUUGUUUGUAUCAUGCUGCUCAGUAGCUCACUUUUGUGUCUCCACUUAUGCCACGCCUUGCAAUUCAACAGUGCUCUUCUUUUUUAAAGUAAGAGCCCUUUAGAAACCAUCCUGUCUGGCUGCAAGAGCUUUGCUCUGUAUGGGGAAAUGCGUUUGUUUUUGUUUUUGUUUUCCAUGUUUCAAAACAGGAACAUACCAGUUAAUUUUUUUGCUCAGCCCUCCGUCCAAGAAGCUAUGAAGGAGUGAAUGGUAAAAGACGGCUUUUCUUUGUAUUUGGCUUUGGGGGGGUUUGGUUGUUUUUGUUUUAAUUUUGAAUAUUUCUGUUUAGCACAUUUUACUUGAAAUUACCUCGGUUUUUUGUGACCUCAUGAGCUUUUAUUGUUGGGUUGGAGGUUUUUGUUUUUUAAACGGAUAGGUUGUUUAAAAGGCCAUGCCGCAGAUCGGUGACAUGCGGUGUAAGAAUCGCAUGCUCGGUGAGAGUGCAAAAGUGCCACAACAGCCGCAAAAGUAAUUUUACGGUGGUUUUUGUGCAUUAUCAUUACCAAAAUUGGUAUUUUUUAACGGCCUGCCUUGGCAGAGCUGGGGUCGUUGAUUCUGAAAGCUACCUCUUAUGUUUGGUUUUGUUUUUAUUUUGCAGUUAUGAAAGCACAUUUUGCAAUAUUUGUGUUCGCUUUGUGAUGUCAUUUCAAUUUUCAUCUCAUGCUUUACUUGCAAUUGUAUAUUAUUUUGUAACUUAGCUGCAUUUAUAUUAAACAAAAAAAAGUUAGGGAAGUGUUUUGUAGAUGGAAGUAAAGGGAAAAAAAUGAGGGGUGUUAUACUGCUGUGCCCACCCUACCCCCAACCUUGUCUCAACUGUCGGGGAAAAAUUUGAAGGCCUUAAAACUGGGGAAAAUAACUUCAUGUGACAGUGGAGCAGGGUAACUUACCGUUUAGUGAAGAUUUAGUGCUUUGAAAAGGAAAGAGUUAAACUUGAAUAUGUGAAUAGAACAGUAGAGUCUUGUUUAUAAUGUGAAAAAUGUGAGUAUAAAAUCACUUAGGGCAGAACUUGGAUAAAUAAAUCUGCACUAACGCAUCAAUUUUGCGUUAGCCAGCAAUGGCCAUGAGAUAAUCUCUGUCUCAAAACUAAAACUGAUGUCAAAAAUGUUUAAGGUAUUCCACCAAAUGAACCCAUUCUUCACAUCCACCCUGUCCCCCAUUCACCGAGCUGAAAGGGUUGAACUGAUAUUUACAAAGUGUAAUAUUUUUGUAAUGUUUGUUAGUCCCUGUGUCAGUUUCCAGAGGACCUUGCCCUUCCUUUUGUAAUGUGAACAGGAAUUGUGGGUGCGUGCGUAUGCGUGUGUGUGUGUAUGCUUUUUGUGCGUGCGGUUGUGUAUUAAAUCAUGCAGUAUUGUUGUAAUCCAGUGUUGCAGCCUUGGAUGGUACUAAAUCAAAAUAUUGCAACUUCAGAAUCACAUGCAGGAAAUGUAUGCAAACGUGCAUGUCAAAUGCAGAUUUCCUACAUCUGCUAACAUGGGCUCGAGGUGGAGUGGGGAACAAGCAGUACUGUAGGUAUUGGUGACUUAAUAAUAAUUUCUUUUUAUUGUCUGGAGUUACACUACUCCUGGGCAACCAUCAUUUGUAUUUACUGUUAACUGCAGAGAAGCAAAUUCUUCCUCAACCCCCAAUCUAAAAGAUAUUAUUUGCUGUUGAAUGUUAGAGGAUAUGUGGAGGCAGUUCGGAUGCAUCAGGGGCAGAGCACAAACACGUACAGAAGUAGACAGGGUGACAGACUUCACAUGGAGCUGAGGCAAACAUGAACAGGUCUGGAAUGUAGGGGGAAUCUAUCUGCUUUCUCCCCCCUUCCAUUAGAGAGCACAGUCUUAUGGGGCGGGUGGGGGGGAACGGGGAAAUAUUGUGUGCAGUUUUAUCUUCAGAGCAGCAUCACUUCUUUGCUCUGUUGGCCAGGUCAGUAAUUUCCAUUUUAGAUAGUCAGUUAACAUUUUGAGCACUGCUUAUCACGGUAUAUAGUACUCUUUGUGAAUUAGAAUGGUAACUUCCUUAUACAGUUCUAUCAAAACUUCUAAAGCUGCCUAUAUGCACAGACAUUACUCUGUUUGCAUCAUCCGUUUUGAACGUAUAGCUGGCUGUCUCUGGUGGUGUUUUGGGAAUAAAAUUAGUGUUGUCUCUCAAUUCACAGCAUUAAGAUCCUUUUUAUGCAUUAUAUGUAAAAUACAUAUAUAUCUAUUCAAGCAUACACUCAUGUGUGCACACACACAUAGGAUUGAUCGUAUCUUUGCUGCUUUGUGUUGGGAAUGGGAAGCAGAACAGAUGCUGAUUUAGUACGAUCCAGGAUGUAACUCUGGAGAAUGGCUUGUUUAAUCUUUGUGCCUGAAAACAGUUUUUUCACAUUUAAAAGAAAAAAAAAUGGCUGCGAUUUCUCACAAGUAUAUGGUACCUUUUUGCAGUAAAUUGGUACUGCUGGCGGGGGGAUGUCAUGGUACAAUGGAGCAAACAACUAAUUUUCCAGCUCAAUUUAUUUUCCAUUGGAAGACCCUUUCUUCCCCCACCAUCCUAGGUGUUGGCACAUUUUGGCUGCACCACCUGGCACUGUGUAAACUGAAGUUUGUUUCCUACCAAACCCAAAAAGUUCAAAAUCAGGUCACUGGGAUGUUUUAAAUUUAAAGACAUGAACUUUUGUUGAGUGAAAACUCAUCAGACAAGAUGAGAACGCUUUUUAUUAUUUUUCACUCCGCUUACAUCUCAUUGUUCUCCCCUUGUCCCUCCCCUCCAACCCCCCCAUUGGGACAUCUGCUUCUGUGGGUGUCAUUCCAAGACUGCUUUAACCCAUAGGACAGAAAAGAGGGUUGACAAAAAAGGCAGCAAAUUCACCUCCGACAUACAGCUUUGAAAUAUCAUUCCAAUGAAUGUGGCUGAUGAGAAGUCUCUGGUCCCAUGACAUCCUUCCGUGUGGAGUACCAACCUUUUGGUGUGCAUCAUAGUAUUUGUUUCACAUAGUGUUAUGUAUGCAUGAUCUUUUAAGGCUAACAAGCCAUGGUAAAGCUCCAUGACAUCUAUCCAUAUAUAUAUAAUUAUAUAUAUGUAUAUUAUAGCACUGAGGACCAACUGCCCUUCUGGACCAAGCAAACAAAGGCUUGUUUUCGUUGCUUGUCUUGUAUGUUGUGACAGCACAAGUGCCAGUCUGAUCGCUCUGUAUUAAAACUAGUGUUUUUAAUUAAUUGAUGUUCUAGUUCUGUCUACCUCAGCACCUCCUGUUAGCCUAAUUUUAGAAGGUGCCCAAUUUUUUGUUUUUUGGUUGUUGUUUUUUUCAGAUUAUUGGUUACUAUUUUUUGUAUAAAUCUUCUGUUUGUUUUCUCGUUCCGUUCAUUUCUUUUGCAGCACUGCUUGUGAGUCCAUUCUCUAGCCACAGAUGCAGUUAGCUAAAAAUUUUAAAAAGGAAAAAAAAAAAUCCCAAAUUGUGAUGUCUCCUAGUUGCAGCUCUCCGCAUCUGCCUUCAUUCUGUGUAGAUUCAGCUGCGUUUCUUUGUAAAACUUCAGUGUUUCUGACAGAGGAAAAGAAAAAAAGGAAAAAAAAAAAAGAAUUUACUGCUGCAGGUUUUUUUUCUCUCCAUGUGUCACUAAGUGAAGUUCGUGCCUUCUAUAGCAAAGAGAAUAUUUUUUACAUCCUACUAACAGUAGAUUUUUUUGUAGUGAACAUUUUUUGUAUUUUUAUUUAUAAGUCUCAUAAGAAAAAUAGCAAUGUUCAGUUGUAUACCUUGAAUCUGCAGUUAGAAAAAAAAAAAUAAAGUUAAUUCAGUCGUCUCUG